AUGCCCAGAUAUAUAUGCAUACGUGUGCAUGGUUUUGAUCUAUCUAUCUAUCUGUUACAUACCACUGCAACACUAUCUAUCUAUCUAUCUAUCUAUCUAUCUAUCUAUCUAUCUAUCUAUCUACUGCAACACUAUCUAUCUAUCUAUCUAUCUAUCUAUCUAUCUAUCUAUCUAUUAUAUGCCAUACCUAUGAACACUAAUGGGCUACAACAAUAUCUAUCUAUCUAUCUAUCUAUCUAUCUAUCUAUCUAUCUAUCUAUCUAUCUAUCUAUCUAUCUGCCGUGGUCACUGUAUAAUUUUCAUUUCAAUAACUUAAACGAAAUAGAUGAGUUGAUUGAAUUGAAAAGGAAAAAAAAGUUCCCCUUUCUUUCUUUCUUUCUUUCUUUCUUUCUUUCUUUCUUUCUUUCUUUCUUUCUUUCUACAGUGAUAGAAAACGAAAUGAGGAACUGCCUAACAUACCAAGGGUGA